GGUGGGUGCAUCAAACCCACUGCAUCUCGCAACCCAUAGGAUGCUUGUUAAAGACUACGUGGAAGAGAAGAGUAGCACGCUGUUUCAAUAAUAAUCCAAUAAAAGCAAUAUAGAAAAAUUCAGUUAAUUUCGUUAAUAGAAGAGUAGGCGUAGCCAAUGACAGGUGGCCCAUUGCAGACCCAAAUCGUUAAAUUGUCAAUGCCUGCUGCCGGCUUUCAUUCCCCUGUUUAGGGCUCUUUUUUGUCUCCAGUUUUAUGUGAGACAUUUUCUGUGGAGGUCCCGCGAUUCAGGAUUCGGAACAAUGGCGAAGCAAAGGAAAUUCGUUGACAACAUACCUAAAUACCGCCAGCAGCGGAGGAGUCCCGCUCCCAAACGCCGCACCGACUUUUCUCUCUUCUCUUAUUACUCUCCUUCUUCUUCGUUGCCCUCUUCAGAAUCCUUGCCGGGGUCAUCCUGUGAUAGCCAUCGAUCCUCGAAUAUCACCUUAACUAGUACGGAUGACAAGAAACAUGAAGGAAAAUCAUUUCAUCAGCUCCAUCUUGCUCUACAUGGAAAUUUUCAAGAUGAAAAAUUUGGAUUAUCUACAAGUUUAUUAGAAGUGCCGGCGACUAAAGUUGAAUCAGUUGCUCAAGAUGUGCUCUUAAACUCUUGCAGUCAGAGGGAUCUCAUUAAACAAAAGACUGAUACUUCGAGGAUAUUGAAUUUUGCCUCUACGGAGUCACAAGUUAAAGGAAACGGUGGAGUUUGCAUGACCCCUGGAAAUGUCGUAUGGGCUAAAACAGCUUGCCAAAUGUGGUGGCCUGCUGAAAUUGUUGAAGGAGAAUCCACUUCAGCUGGUUCAGAAACAGAAGGCAUCUCAGGGCAUGUUUUGGUGCAAUUUUAUGGAAAGCAUGAGAGUGCUUGGGUUGAUCCAGAAAAAGAUCUUUCACCGCUCGAGAAGUCCUUUGAAGAAAGGAGCUGCAACCAUAUGGAAAAUUUUCAAGAUGGUUUGGAACAAGCAUUAAAGAAGAAGGAGCAUUUACUUUGCCAAAGACAGUUGCUAUUCAAACCUGAUGGGUCGAAUUGCUUGCUUCAGCAAGACCAGUCAUCUCGUAAGUCAGUUUCAUCAAAUUCGGGCAAAGUAGAGGGCGAUUUGCCGAAGAAAGUGAGGGAAAAAAGGGAAAGAAAGCCCAAGAUUCACUUUGAUGAGGUGGCUUUACCAUGUAGAUCUGCUAAGAAAGUUCGCCGUUUCAAGAUAAUGAGACACCUUGGCUUGGCAGCUCCGCUAGGUUCUCCUUUUUAACUCACUUCCUAAUGUUAUAGAAAUCUCAAAGGUUGAGAUCCUUUUUGCUCAUAAAAUUAUUCUUAAUGUAAUGACUGUGAAUAGCUAAUUCCUUGGUUAUUUUACACGUAAAUGAGACAAUGGCUUUUGCAGUAA